CAAAGAUGUCAGACCCCACCAGAGACAAAGCAGCCCGCUUGUUAAAGAAAAGAGGGAGCGUGUCGUCUCUAAGCAGCCAAGAGUUCAAGGUGAAGAGCAAAGAUUCCAUGAGCACCACGUCCUAUGCAGAUGAACCCGGAUCUGCCGGAGAUGGCUCCCGCCCUGCUGUUUUCUUGGAAAACACAUAUCAGUUGGGCCCUACCCGACGCUUUCCUGUGGGCCACGUCAACCUCAUUCUGAAAGAUGUGCUGACCACAUACCUUCAAGAAGAAAAAUACGAAGCGGAACUCAGUCGGCAAAUGGCAAAAACCCUUUCUGAGGUGGUGAAAGCGAGAGUGAAAGACCUGCUCAUCCCCAGGUACAAGAUCAUCGUGCUGGUGCACAUCGGACAAGUCGGCGGCCAGAGUCUGCUCAUCGGAAGCAGGUGCCUCUGGGAUCCCACAAACGACACGGUCUCGUCGUACGCGUUCCAGAACAGUUCUCUGUUUGCCCUGGCCAGCGUCUUCGGGGUGUACUGUGAGUGAGGGGCCGGAAAGCCCCGGGGCCCUGGAGAAAAACUCCGGCCGGCUCGGGGAGAGGAGUCGUGCGCGUCAGGCUCGUGCUGUAGACAACGCUCGGGAACAAGCCGCCCCCUCCGUCGAACGGCUGGGAGAAUCCCGUCGGCCGUUGGCAUUUGCACUGGGAAGUAGUCCUGGGGAAGGAGAGGGGCCUGGUGGAAAGAACCUGGGACUGGA